UGCAGACUGUUGGAUUCCAGUUUGAUCUUGAAGGCUAUGGGAGUCACCUGUAACUUGCUAAAGAGGAGCCUGACACAUCCAGUUUUUCUGUUUAGAUGUCAGCCAUGUGGAAGGUGGGUUGAAGAACCUGAUUCUGGAAGCAAGGAGACCUUGGACUUGGGAUGCAGAAACCUCGGCUCUUGAUUCCUGUCAUGACUGUGCCAAAUGGAACUCUGGUCCACCCAGCAUACUUCCUGCUGGUGGGCAUCCCCGGCCUGGGACCUAACACCCACUUUUGGCUGGCUUUCCCACUGUGUUGUAUGUAUGCCUUGGCCACCCUGGGCAACCUGGCCAUUGUCCUCAUCAUCCGUGUGGAAAGGCACCUGCAUGAGCCCAUGUACCUCUUCCUGGCCAUGCUUUCCACCAUUGACCUAGUUCUCUCCUCCGUCACCAUGCCCAGGAUGAUCAGCCUCUUCCUGACGGGUGUCCAGGAGAUCGAGUUCAAUGCCUGUCUGGCCCAGAUGUUCCUUAUCCAUGCUCUGUCAGCCAUGGAGUCAGCUGUCCUGCUGGCCAUGGCAUUUGACCGCUUUGUGGCCAUCUGCCACCCGCUGCGACAUGCUUCUGUACUCACAGGGCCUACGGUCGCCAAGAUUGGACUAGCUGCCCUGACCAGAGGGUUUGUACUCUUCUUCCCCCUGCCCUUCAUCCUGAAGCGGCUGUCGUACUGCCGAAAGCACACUGUCACACACUCCUUCUGUCUGCACCAAGAUAUUAUGAAGCUGUCCUGUACUGACACCACGGUCAAUGUGGUGUACGGGCUCUUUAUCAUCCUCUCGGUCAUGGGCGUCGACUCCCUCUUCAUUGGCUUCUCCUAUAUCCUCAUCCUGAGGGCUGUGUUGGAGCUGUCCUCUCAGGGGGCAGCUCUCAAAGCUUUCAACACCUGCAUCUCCCAUCUCUGUGCUGUGCUGGUCUUCUAUGUGCCCCUCAUCGGGCUGUCCGUGGUGCACAGGCUGAGUGGCCCCACUUCCCUGCUUCAUGUGAUUAUGGCUAAUAUCUAUCUACUGCUACCGCCUGUGGUUAACCCUAUAGUCUAUGGAGCCAAAACCAAGGAGAUUCGUUCUUGGGUCUUCCAUAUAUUCUCACAGAAGGGCAGGUGA